UGACGAUCAAGCAUCGUGUUAGUACUGUCGACUUUCGCUGUUCACUUUGUCAAUGACACGGUGGUCAUGGACGAGGAUUCACAGGAAACCAGACUAUUCGCAGCUUUCGAGCGCCGUGACGAGUUCGUAGCAGCUCAAAACACCCUGCUGGCAGUUGAUUUGUUCGUAGAACCCAGUCGCGAAGAGGAAGAUGUAGAACUUGAUUGCAGUCGAAAAUUAAUGAUGAUUUUUGGAGAAUACCAAGAGCAAUCGUAUCUGUUGGACCCGUAUCUUGAAAGCCUCGUGUCUCCCGUCGCAGGAUGCCUUAGAAAAUAUGCAAUGACAUGCGUUAAUGCACGAGGCUCUCAGUCUUCUCGUAGCCGUGUGGAACGCCUAGCAGAUCUUCUUCAUAACUAUAUCAAGUUCCGCGGGUUUAAGACAAUAACUCGAUUCUUCCCUCAUGAGGUGGCCGAUCUCUCAAUUGCUUUGGAUUUCAUUCGGUUACCGUCAGGGCCAGUGAAGGAGCUCAGUCAAUGGGGACUGCGAUAUGCCGUGCUGCUUUGGCUAUCUCUCAUUUGUCGGAUACCUUUCGACUUACAGAAAUUCGAUGAUGCUACUCGAUCCGGCGAAACAGCAGAUGCAAUCGAGCUUGUUGGAAAAGAUCGCCUGAAUAUGGCUGGUUUAGAGCGUGAAGGAGCGGCCACCCUUUUGGCACGCUUCUACGCACGAAAGGACACCAGGCAGCGAUUUGCCUCUUUCGUUGAGUGGUCAAUAACAGUAUUUCGCUCUUCGGAUAUCAUCCUGUCUAUAGGAGUAUUGCAAGUCCUUUGUGAAUUGGUCAAAUCUAGUUCCUCUGAACAUCUGCAGGCCUUUACGCAACAGUUCUUGGAAAUUACGGAUACCUUAGAACAGAGUACCACAUUGGCCAGCAACACGCUGGUUCGAAAAUAUCGCACGAAACUGCUCUCGCGCGUCGCAUUACGUUUGAUACCCCCGAAGGUGUCUAAAUCCAAGUUAACGUUCCGCAGCCUGGAUGGUAAUAUCAUCAACGAGACUGAGAACGGGAACUUAGACGACGAUGAGGAUAUCGACGUCCCUGAAGAAAUCGACACAAUUUUGGAGUCUCUGUUCAAGAGCCUGCAGGACAAGGACACAGUGGUACGAUGGUCAGCAGCCAAAGGCAUUGCUCGUCUUUCAGAACGCCUUCCGUCGGAUUUCUCCUCUCAGGUAUUAGAGACGAUUCUCGGUCUUUUUUCGAUCCAUUCUGUAGCCGGAGCGAGUGUUUAUGACACCCCUGCUAUUGCCAAGGCCACUUGGCAUGGCGCCUCUCUUGCGUCAGCAGAGAUGGCACGCAGAGGUCUUGUUCAAACUGCUGCACUAGGAAGCCUCUUGGGCUGGCUCUCAAAAGCCCUCUACUUCGAUAUACGUAAGGGGGCCCAUUCCAUUGGAUCAAACGUACGGGACGCUGCGGCCUAUGUGAUCUGGGCUUUAGCGAGAGCACAAGAUCCGGAAUCCUUCUCUCCCUAUGCUCGUGAACUCGCGCAAUGGCUCGUUUCUGUGGCGUUGUUCGACAGGGAAAUUCACAUUCGAAGAGCGGCUAGUGCCGCCUUCCAAGAACAUGUUGGCAGAAUGGCGCUGUUCCCACAUGGUAUCGACGUCCUUAGAAAAACCGACUUCUAUGCAGUCAGCGUGCGACGGAACGCAUUCACAGUCGCUGCUCCGCAGGUCGCUGAGCACCUGGAGUACAGAUCAUUCCUGAUCGAUCACAUCAUUUCGAUCACUUUGCGUCACUGGGAUGUUGCGAUGAGGGAGUUGGGUGCUCUGGCCUUGCGCCGGAUAUGCGAGCUCGACUUGAAUACACUAGGGCUAGAGUGCGCUUCGAAGAUGGCGGGAUUUUUAAAUUCCGUUGAUGUAUCCGAUGUGCAUGGAGCACUUGCAGCACUAACAGGUAUCUCUGAGGCGUACCGAGCUCAGGAGAGUGAAGAAAAUGCAAUCAAUCGGCGAAAGAUAUUUGCCCAUAUCGCGAUUGUUCCGCAAGAUGUCGUGUUGGCACCACGAAACGCCCUAGUACUUGCGGCAGCGUGCGAUCUCAUUGCAAGCAGCUUGACAUUACAGGAGGUUGAGCUUCAAGAAAAAUCGUCCGUGCCCCAUUGGAAAAAGAUCGUAGACCAGGGACUGCGACACAGAAGCUCUUCCGUUCAACAGGCUGCCGCCACUGCCAUGGCCACAACAAGUUCCUUGAUAGAUUGCUCAUCAGACGUACACAGAUUAAUCAAGGACUUUCGUCAUGGCCCUCAGUCCUUGCAGCAAAGUCUUGGCUAUACUCUAGGGGUUCUCAAUUACAACGCGCAUCCGCAUGGUUUCUCUGAGGUAGUCAAGUGCUUGUUGGAGAGUGUCGAUCCCAACUCCUCCAGAAGAAUGUUGAGCAUUGAAGCACGUCGAAAUUGCUUCCAAGCAUUACCCAAGAUCAUCGCGAAUGUACUGCCUCGCCUCACCGAGUAUCUAAUUGGAGAAAGUAUAUGUGGAGUUCUUGAUGCCCUUGACAGCGGGCUGGAUGAUUACACGAUGGACGAGCGUGGCGACGUUGGCUCGUGGGUACGGAUGGCGUGCAUUCAAGGUCUAGCAUCGAUUUUCGAAGAUCUGUUUCGUGUUUCAGGAAGCACGCCUGGAUUCGCAAGCUACUUGCCUGCUCAGAGGUAUCACAGUGUGAUAGCCAGAAUUCUCCGUCAGGGUGUCGAAAGAUUGGACAACGUACGACAAAUCGCGGGACACUGUUUAUUGCGAUUGUUUCGCAUCCCUCUCCCGAGCGUUCCUCAUCAAGAGGAAUGGCGUAUUAAGGGCUCAGAACUCAUGAUGAAGCUAUUUCUUAAUGACACCUCAGACGCUAUGACCAGCUGGAGUGUUGGGGAAUGGUUAUUUCCGAAAGCCGUAGAGCUGCUCCGCGUACAGGAGUACCGACAACCUCUACUGACAGGCCUUAUACAUAGUGUAGGGGCUAGAACUGGAAGCACGCAUCGACCAGCCUCUUCGAGUCUAGUUUCCUUUGCGCAAGGUCUUCCAUUGUCCCCCGGCGAUUCUGGCUAUAGUUUGUUUGAGCUGUGCGACGACCUCAUUGAGUGUGCACAAGGCAGAGCGACGUCGAAUGCGGUGGUGGUCCCUAUCUUGCAAACGUUCAACAUGCUUUUGGAGGCAGACGUGUUAUCUCACCUAUCUAGCGUUGACAAUGGCCCGUCAAAACUGGCGAAAUUAUUGGACAUUGCGACGAGAAAUGUUUUGCGAUUGAAGAAUGUACAACGAGUGCAGGAGUCCAUGAAAAUCGUCGUAAAUCUCUUGGUCGUUUCCUCGGUUUCGAAAUCAUCCUCGGAGCGAAUCAUCGACUUCCUUUCUCACCCUUAUCCAAAGAUCCGGACCAGUACGGCUGAGUACCUUUACACGUUCAUUCAAAGCAGGGAUCUCGGCUGGGAGGCAGAUGAAGCAGUCGAAGAACUACUUCUCGAAACAGAAUGGUCCUCAGAAAGCAUGGAAGCGAAGGUGGCAGCCACUCGCGUCGCGGAGCUACUGUAUUCAGCAAUUACCGAACGAUGAAAACGUUGUCCAGUGUACAAGCUGUACGCAUGAUCAGUCGCAUGUAGAUCAUAUCGUACCCUUAGCUGAAAUGUAGUCGAAUACGGGGGGCGUGUUAAUGUGGGAUGCGUGGGAAAGUCGGUUUGCU